CGGGAAUGCGUUUUUAUGAUGACGGAGAGGAAUCAUAAAAUGAUUGAUGAUAUGAUCGAUCUUCAAGAUAAUGUUCCUGCUGAUGAUGUAGUGGGUGGAAGUAUUGUUGGUGUGGUGGAUGUGAUGCACAGUAGAGAAGUUGCGGUUGUUGAUUCUCCCAAAAGGGCUGUAGCUAUGUUUGAAGGGGAUGUAAACUAUGAGCUAUGUGAUGGUAUUGAAUUUGGAUCACAUGAGGAAGCAUAUUCGUUUUAUCAGGAAUAUGCAAAAUCUAUGGGGUUCACCACUUCGAUAAAGAAUAGUAGGCGGUCAAAGAAAUCAAAGGAGUUUAUUGAUGCUAAAUUUGCUUGUUCUAGAUAUGGAGUUACACCAGAGUCUGAUAGUGGUAAUAGUCGGCGAUCAACUGUGAAGAAGACUGAUUGCAAAGCCAGUAUGCAUGUGAAGAGAAGGGCUGAUGGCAAGUGGAUAAUUCAUGAAUUUGUCAAGGAGCAUAAUCAUGAGCUCUUACCUGCUCUAGCGUAUCAUUUUCGAAUUCACAGGAAUGUGAAAUUAGCUGAAAAGAACAACAUUGACAUAUUGCAUGCUGUCAGUGAACGAACAAGAAAGAUGUAUGUUGAGAUGUCUCGACAGUCAGGUGGGUAUCAAAAUUUUGGGUUAGUAAAGAGCGAGAUGAAUAUGCAGUUUGAAAAAGGCCGGCAUUUGGCCCUUGAUGAGGGUGAUGCACAAGUAGUGCUGGAAUAUUUUAAGCAUGUCAAGAAGGAGAAUGCAAACUUCUUCUAUGCAAUAGAUUUGAAUGAAGAGCAGCGUCUGAGAAAUUUGUUCUGGGUUGAUGCAAAAAGCAGGGCAGAUUAUAUUAGCUUUAAUGAUGCUGUUUGUUUCGAAACCUUCUAUGUAAAAUACCACGAGAAAUUGCCAUUUGCCCCUUUUGUUGGGGUGAAUCAUCACAGUCAGCCAAUCUUACUCGGAUGCGCAUUUAUUGCAGAUGAGUCUAGAUCAACAUUUGUUUGGUUAAUGAAAACAUGGCUUAGAGCAAUGGGUGGGCAAGCACCUGAAGUUAUAGUCACUGACAUGGACAAAACCUUGAAGGCGGCCAUUGAAGAAGUCUUCCCAAAAACCCGUCACUGCUUUUCUCUUUGGCAUAUAUUAGAAAGAUUGCCUGAAACUCUCUCUCAUGUGAUUAAACAACAUGAGAAUUUUUUGCCAAAAUUCAACAAGUGCAUUUUCAAAUCAUGGACAGAUGAUCGGUUUGAUAUGAGGUGGUGGAAAAUGGUCACCCGGUUCGAACUUCAAGAUGAUGAAUGGAUUCAGUCAUUGUAUGAAGAUCGUAAAAAGUGGGUGCCUACCUACGUGGGGGAUACUUUUCUAGCCGGAACUUCUGCUACACAGCGUUCUGAAAGUAUGAGUGCAUUCUUUGAUAAAUACAUUCAUAGGAAAAUCACCAUGAAAGAGUUCAUGAAACAAUAUGGAACAAUUCUACAAAAUAGGUAUGAGGAUGAGUCCGUUGCAGAUUUUGAUACUUCCCACAAACAGCCUGCCUUAAAAUCUCCUUCUCCUUGGGAAAAACAAAUGUCAAUGGUUUAUACUCAUGCAAUAUUCAAGAAAUUUCAAGUUGAGGUUUUAGGUGUAGUUGGCUGCCAUCCUAAAAAGGAAAGUGAAGAUGGAACAUUGGUGACGUUUCGGGUUCAAGACUGUGAAAAAGAUGAACAUUUUUUGGUCACAUGGAACCAAACAAAUUCAGAGGUGUGCUGUUUCUGCCAUUCGUUUGAAUAUAAAGGUUUUCUUUGUAGGCAUGCAUUGAUUGUUCUCCAAAUUUGUGGCCUUUCAAGCAUACCACCUCAUUAUAUUCUGAAGAGGUGGACAAAAGAGGCAAAGAGUAGGCAACCAAUAGCUGUAGGAACAGAACGGGCACAAACUAGGGUGCAGCGCUACAAUGAUUUAUGCAAAUUGGCCAUUGAAAUGAGCGAAGAAGGAUCAUUAUCUGAAGAGAGUUACAAUAUUGUUCUCCAUACACUAGUAGAAGCUCUGAAGAAUUGUGUGAAUGUGAAUAACCGCAAUAACAGUGUAGCAGAAUCUAGUACCUAUACUCUGGCUCAUCGUGAAGCAGAAGAAGAAAACCAGGGAAGCCUUGUUACCAAAUCAAGUAAAAAGAAGAACCCAGUCAGGAAAAGAAAGGUACAAUCAGAUCCAGACGUCAUGCUUGUUGAAGCACCAGAUAGCUUGCAGCAAAUGGAAAAUCUAAGCUCGGAAGGUAUUAACCUUGGCGGAUAUUAUGGUACCCAGCAGAACGUGCAAGGACUGGUACAGUUAAACUUAAUGGAGCCGCCUCAUGAUGGUUACUAUGUCAAUCAACAGAGCAUGCAGGGUCUGGGGCAGCUGAAUUCCAUAGCACCCAGUCAUGAUGGUUUUUUUGGGGCUCAGCAAAGCUUGCAUGGGCUGGGGCAAUACGACUUUCGGCCUCCAACUGGUUUCAGUUAUAGCAUGCAGUUGCAGGAUGACCCUCAUUUGAGACCUUCACAUAUGCAUGGCAGUGCUUCAAGACACGCAUAAGGAAGUAGGAUGUUUUCAUAUUGGCAGCUAGAAUGACAGUUUUCCUCCUGAGAUGGCUGACAUCUUCCUUAGAGGUAUAUAACACUGAUUGAAAAACUAACUCCAGGAAUUGCGAACACCAUUUUUAUGAGCAGAAGUCAUCGCUUUGAUAGUUCAGAAGCUAAUCCCCAAAAUGAAGGCAGAAGACAUCCAGGAUUUUUUAUCCAGCAGUUUAUCUGGAACCCGGUCUUAAUUUAUGCCACACCAAGUCACUAACAGCUAUGGUAGCACAAUUUAUUGGUAGAGCAAUGACUGAUUACGAUAUGUGCAUGAUUACGACUACAGGCACCACAUCUGCCUAAGCUAAUUGGAGACUCAAAGAGACUGUCCUUCUCGAAGAGUAGAUUCUCCUUGUGGUGAGAUGAAAAAGAUGCCUCGUUGCUGGAGCAUACAAGGAAUGUUCUUCUUCAUGUCCAUAGUAGAUUGUGUAGAUCUGUUGUUAUUAACCAAUCCCUCCUGUCAACCCUUUCCUGGUAUUAGUAGAUGUGGAAAAUACCUAACUUCAUGUAGAAGCACAACAAUUCUCAGGAUGAGUAGUUUAUUCAAAUCAGAUCGAGCUCUUCUCCUGUAAGCCCCCGCAUGACCAGUCAUGUAACAGGAGGAAUUGGUCCUUGUAAAACAUGUAUUUGUUGAUUAUGACACCUUUCUCAACACUUUACAAUUUAUUUAUUUAUUUGUUGUUUU